AUGAGGACCACCAUCAGAUCACUCGCGACGCUGUCGCUCCUCGUGGGAUCUAAUGCUGCACCCACAGAGUCCUCCCAAGGCGCGCUCAAGCACUGGCCCCCAGCCGCCGCCAAGUCCCUAAACAAGAUGAUCGCCCGCAACGCCAACCAGAGCAAUUUUGCCGUCUUCGACGCCGACAACACAAGCUGGCGCUACGAUAUCGAGGAAUCAUCUUUGCCGUACCUCGAAAACAAGGGCAUCAUCACACGGGACACUCUGGACCCGUCCCUGAAAUUAAUCGAGUUCAAAGACACGACCGACUACACCGAGUCGCUGUACAGCUACUACAAUCGUCUCUGUGCCCUCGAUUCUAUGAUCUGCUACCCUUGGGCCGCGCAAGUCUACUCGGGCCUCACUAUUCGCGAGCUCAAGGGCCACAUCGAUGACCUCAUGGUGCUUAACAGCACUAUCCCGGUGACGUACUGGGACGGCGAAGAGCUCGUGGACGAGGAGAUCAACCCACCUCGUAUCUUCACGGGCCAGGUAGAGCUGUUCAACGAGCUGAUGCGCAACGGCAUCGCCGUUUACGUCAUCAGCGCGUCGCAGGAGGAGGUCGUGCGGAUGGUCAUGUCCGACCCCAAGUACGGGUACAACGUCCCGGCCGAGAAUGUCAUCGGCGUGGCGACCAUGCUGAAGAACAGCACCUCGGGCGAGCUGACCAACGCGCGCAUGCAGAUCGAAGCUGGUACGUAUGACGAGGCCGCCAAUUUGGACUUGGUCAUUGGGCCCUACCUGUGGACGCCGGCGACGUGGUAUGCGGGGAAGUGGGCGGCGGUGUUGACUUAUAUCGAUAUGUGGAAGAAGCCGAUUUUGGCGGCAGGGGACACACCGGGGAGUGAUACGUAUAUGCAUUUUAAUGUCGAUAUUGAGAAGGGGGGAGCGCAUCUAUGGAUCAACCGGUCGGCGGACAAGUAUGAGGAGUUGCAGGGUUUGAUUCAGGAGAGUGUCGAGGGACAGGAGCAGAACGGGCUUCCGGUCACGGCGGAUAAGAAUUGGAUUGUUGUGUUGCCCACGGACAUCCAGUAG